AUUAAAAUGCAGGCACACGGACUAAAUUCUCAGACUGAUACUGAGAAUUUGGGAAAGUGUUAUAAUACUUUGCUUGGUUUGACUUGAAUUGUUUUUCGUUUGCAAUUUGUACCAAGUAAAUAUAAACAUAAUUCUGUGCUGCUUGCGGCAUUCGGAGGUACACGUUUAUUAGCUUGACAUCUCCCUGAAACUCUACUAUCUAUUAUUGAGGGGGAGAUUUUCUUUGUCAUAAUGACUAUUUGUAUUUAUUUGCGUUGGUUCUUUCGAUUCCCACGCCCAGAUCAGUGUUGAAAAGAGAAAGAGAAAGAGAGGGAGGCAAGAAGAGAGAGAGAGAGAGAAAAGAGAUUGGCGCUAAUCUCUUCGAGGCUAACAUAAAUAACGUUGUAGAAUGAUAGGUUUCAGGGAGUUUCAGUGUAAUUGACAAAAUUGUGGUGUUCUCGUGAACUUGAUUUACACAAAAAUAUAACGCAAAGAUGGGACGUCGUUCGAUAAAUACCACAAAAAGUGGGAAAUAUAUGAAUCCUACUGAUCAAGCACGGAAAGAGGCACGUAAAAAGGAGUUAAAAAAGAAUAAAAAACAAAGACAAUUAGUCAGAGCUGCUGUGUUAAAAGGGAAAGAUCCGGUGCAAAUUAUUGAAGAAAUGGAAAAGAUCGAUCAAAUGGAAUACAACGUAAUGCAGCCACCACCUCUGAAUGAAAAAGUAUUAAAGGAUAAACGAAAGAAACUUAAGGAGACUCUAGAGCGAGUCCUAAAAAUGUAUGCUAAAGAUGAUCAAGAGAAGUGGGCAGAGUUGAAAGAACAAUUAAUUCAAUAUGAACGUAGAAGGAUAGACUUAGUGUCUUAUUUUGAAGCUGUACGACAUGCACAGCAAGUGCAAGUUGAUGAGAUUCCAUUGCCAUCAGCAGCCAACGAUAUAUCGAGAAUGUAUCAAAGCUCCUUGACUUCGCAGAUCCCGCUGCCGGACAUGCCGCAACCACCUGCGCAUAUGUAUCCACCUCAUCCUCACUAUAUAUCACAGCACCAUCCAUUAAUGAAUAUUCCAAUACCACCGAGUAUCUUGAAGAAGACCAGUGCAUACGCAAAUGCUCCUGUUGUACCUACAUUAGCACCCAAUAAGGAGCCGCCUGGUGUACCACCAUUCCCACCGCCUGAUCUAUUAAGCGACGACGAGAACACAGCCGAAAACAUCAAAGAGCCACCAGCAAAAUCGAGAACGAUAAGAUUCGCUGACGAUAAGGAGGACAAGCAAGAAUCGGGAAACAAAGAAAAGGACAUAGAAAAGGAGAAAGAAAAAGAUAGGGAUAUAGCGAAAGUCAAGCCAACGACGUUGCAGCAAAAGAUGUUGGCGAUGGCUGGACAAGAUAUCGAUCAGUUUAUGCGAGAGAUGGAGGUUGUUCAUAAAAAAAGAGAGACCGAACGCGCCCAAGACUUGAACGCGCGAUUGUCGUUGCUUGAGACGGAAAGCGAAUCCAACUCCAAGCCAAAGAGUAGUAGCAAGUCCAACAAAAAGGCAGACGAUGAAGAGCUGGAACCACCUGGAGCAUCGGAUCAUCUCUCUAGUCACGGUCAACACACAUCUCACCCACACACGCAACACACACAGCAACACGCAAUGCCACCGAUGGGUCUUCCACCUCCACCUUUGCUCUACAGGCCACCUCCGCCUCCGUUACACAUUAGAAUGCCACCACCGCCACCGCCUCGCAUUGGCCUCCGAUUGCCGCCUGGUCCUCCUCCUGGAAUGCCGAGAAUAUUGAGACCCGGCCCGCCCAGCAUACCGAGAAUGCCACCGCCACAAAUGCAAAUGUCAAAUAUGUCGAAUAUAACGAAUCCCCAGCUGCAAGCGCAACCCGGAUCGGUCGCACAACCGAAGACUCCCAACGUUCUUUCCGCCGCUCCGCAAUUAAUUAACAGGAAAGACAAAGACGGAAAGAGCAGCACCACUAUAGAGGCAAAACCGCAAAUUAGAAAUUUGGCCGCAGACGUUACUAGAUUCUUGCCGACGUCCUUGCGCGUAAAGAGAGACGAUAAAAAGAAGUCCAGCAGUAUCUCCAGAAUUACAGAAAGAUUACCGGAGACACAGCCGCCCAGAACUUCGCAACCCAAAACGAAAGACGACGCAUAUAUGCAGUUUAUGCAGGAAAUGCAAGGAUUACUAUGAAUUUGGAAGAGAAUGUAUACUUACUUCAAUUGAAGCAAUGGAUGUUUCUCUUAUGUAUAAUAAACAAUAUUGUUUUAUUAUAAUUCUUUCUUGUCACCUGACGAUUUUAAUCUCACGAUGUAUGUAUGUAUUUAAAUGUACGAACAGAACGUAUAAAAUUCACACAAAAACUUGUAACAAAAAAAUUUGAAACAAUAAUAUGAGCCGUAUUCUACAAAAC